ACCCAGUUUAUAUGAAGCUGGACUGGACUUCGUACUGUGGAUUACAAGUUUUUGUUUUUAUUAAUUAAAUAUUAAGAAUAAUUGAGUUUAGUUUUUAAUCUUAAAAAUAAAAUGUCUCGUGUACUAGUUGGUGUUAAGAGAGUUAUUGAUUAUGCGGUUAAGAUACGUGUGAAACCAGACAAGUCCGGGGUGGUAACCGAUGGCGUCAAGCACUCAAUGAAUCCAUUCGAUGAGAUUGCAGUGGAGGAGGCUGUAAGGAUGAAGGAAAAGAAAUUGGCUAGUGAAGUCAUUGCAGUGUCUUGCGGCCCAGCACAGUCUCAAGAAACGCUAAGAACAGCAUUAGCAAUGGGAGCUGAUAGGGCUAUACACGUAGAAAUUUCAGGACCUGAGUAUGAAACUUUGCAACCUCUACAUGUUGCUAAAAUAUUAGCCAAACUCUCACAGGAUGAGAAGGCGGACUUAAUUAUAGUUGGGAAACAAGCCAUUGAUGAUGACUCCAACCAAACAGCACAAAUGACGGCAGCCCUUCUUGACUGGCCUCAGGGCACAUUUGCAUCCAAGAUAGAAAAGUCAGAUGCUGGGUUGACAGUGACACGUGAAAUCGAUGGUGGUUUAGAAACAAUCAAAACUAAAAUGCCAGCUGUAAUCAGCGCCGAUCUUAGGUUGAAUGAACCGAGAUACGCAACACUGCCUAAUAUCAUGAAAGCUAAGAAGAAGCCAAUGAAGAAAGUUAGUGCAAAGGACCUUGGAGUUGACUUAGCCGCUAGAAUCAAAGUUAUCAGUGUAGAAGAUCCUCCAGUGAGACAGGCUGGCUCCAUCAUACCCGAUGUAGACACCCUUGUCGCUAAACUAAAGGAAGGAGGUCACAUUUAAAACAACAGUAAACUACUAUCCUGUUUAUUUCUCUGUCUAGUAAUGUAAAGUCAUUUUGUACAUGGUUUUUUGAAUGUAGAUCUAUAUAUUUGUUAAAUAUAUUUUGUCAAGUUACAAAGAUA